AUUUGAUUGGUGUAAAGCAAGCUGACGCGUUACAUCAUCUGUGUGCGACUAACAGUGUUGCGAGCAGGCUGUAAAAUGGCGCCGUCUCCAACCAAGAGGAAGGAGGAUGACAAGAGUAAUCCGCGCGGUAAGGAGAAGUCAGUAGCCACCAAAGAAGGGGCUGACAAAAACCGCGGCCGUGAGAAGAACCGUACACGGCGCGGUGCUUCCAGUGGGAGCAGCAGCUCCGGCAGCAGCUCAGGUUCCAGCUCCGGCUCCUCCAGCGGCUCCAGCUCCUCGGGCUCGUCCAGCUCCCGCUCUUCAUCCUCCUCCUCAUCCUCCUCGCCAAGCCCCAGCCGCCAGCGCCACAACAACAGACGGCGCUCACGCUCUAAGUCAAAAUCUGCUAAGAAGGACGACAGGGACAGACGCCGUAGAAGUCCCACGCCCAAACCCACCAAGGUUUUCCUGGGCCGGCUGACAAGAAACAUCAUCAAGGAACACAUCCAGGAGAUCUUCUCCACCUAUGGAAAGAUCAAGAUGAUUGACAUGCCCGUGAACCGCACCCACCCUCACCUGUAUAAAGGCUACGCCUACGUGGAGUUUGAGAUGCCUGACGAUGCGGAGAAGGCCCUGAAACACAUGGAUGGAGGUCAGAUUGACGGUCAGGAGAUCACAGUCUCCGCCGUGCUGACUCCCACAGUGCGCCCGCCCCCUCGCAGGAUGUCCCCACCCCGCAGGAUGCCUCCCCCGCCCCCAAUGUGGCGCCGCACCCCCCCUCGGAUGAGGCGAAGGUCUCGGUCUCCACGGCGACGCUCUCCCGUCCGGCGCAGGUCUCGAUCCCCCGGCCGCCGGCGUCACCGCUCCCGUUCCAGCUCUAACUCCUCGCGCUAAUGAUCGGCCAACCCCCACCUCCCCCCGCCUGGAUCUCUUCAUCUACCGUCUAUCAGUGUGUCCAAGUAAAUAUGAGAGGCAAAGAUUCUUACGGUUAACUGUUAUAAACAAUGAAUGAUGAGUGUGGACUUUAAAAAUCUAUAAUGUCUCACUUGGUGGAUUGUUUUCAAACUGUUUUGAAACACUGGAACAUGUUCUGUGUUAAAUGUGAAGAAACAAACUCUAAACGACGAAAGACUUCUUUGAGGAGUUCUGAAGCUAAAUGGUCUUUUACCUAAUCCACGAUUGGUGGUGGAGAAGAACGGAGAUAUCAAUUUAUAAUGAUAAACAUAAAGUCCUGUAUUUAGAAUUGUUAGAUUUACUGAACACAUUUCGUAAAGAACUACCUUCCAUGGUUUGUAUAGAUGGUGAAUGUGGUUUUUCAUUGGAGAAUAUGAAGUACUUCGCAAUUUUCAGGAGUUAAAAAUGUGAUUAAAAUGUUUUAUUAAAUUUACUUAUGGAUUCCAACAUACACUAAUACCAAUAUUACAUUGGCAAUGAAUUAAUAUUGUUGAUAUCGGUAUAGCUCUACUUUGAGGUAGGGUCACAUAAUCUUUUUCUGAAACAACUGAAAUCUUCUUCACGUCCUAUUAGCCAGAAAUACAUUUGAUUUUCUGUACUGGUGGCACUUACCACUCAGUGUUUUUUUCUAGAACAUGCAAAAAGAAAAGGGACAAGUGACGGAUCAGACACAUGAUUAAACGAUACUGUUUUAAUGUCAACUGUUCAGCCCCUAUUAACCCCUCCACUAGGGGUCACUAAACUGUGAUUCCAAUACAAUUCAAUCUGAAUUAAACUGCCUCUAGACAUUGACUAAUAUUUUUCCAUGGGUGAUACAGUGUCGAUACAAAGUGGUUGGACGUUAACAUCCUAAAACUCUGUGACACGGUGAAUUCUGGAUCCAGGAUUUUAGUUUUCUGUAGAGAGUUGUGUUCAAUCGGUGUGUGAGCUGAAGCAAUCUUCAUGACAUAGUGUGUGUGUGUGUCUCAUUUUGUAUUUCCUGUUUAAUGUGCAGUUUAACUUGACAAUAAAAAGGUCAUGGUUGGAACUUUAACAA